CAUGGGAUGGAAGGGCUGCAGCAUUCCUUUACAGAUAGAUAUUAUUUUUGUUUUCAUCACUCUGAGGCUGGUUAGAAGGUAACACAGAUCCUGCUCUUCUCUGCUGGGGAGGUUUACGUUCUCCUCUUAUAGCUGUUCUAGAGACAGGCUGGUGCCAUGUCUUCCAAGGUUGUUCCUUUUUAUCAAAAGAGGCACAAGCAUUAUGACCAUUCUUACCGCAAUCUUCAAAGCAGAUAUGUAGUUCAAGAAUAUUCAGCACAAAAAAGAAGCAGUUCAGCUUCUACUCAAAAAGUUUCUUCGAUUUCCUCGGGUUCCAGAGUAAAAUGUGUUUGUGGGGCUGAUAGAGAUGUUGAAGAAUACUAUGUCCCUACAUUUAGAAAAAGUAGGAUACAGGAGCUACGUACUGAACAACGCGCUGAGCAACAUGCUGAGCAACACGCUGUGCAACAAGUUGAGCACAGGUCUCAGCAGCAACAUAGAGGCUAUGACCGAAGUGUUCACUAUGCCAGAGAGCUUGCCUUCUUAGAAGAAGAUGUUCGCAUCGCACGGGCCUUGGCAAGAGAACAGCUCGAUAAAGUGUCUAUUCAAAGGAUGGUAGAGGAAAAGUUGGCAUUACAGAGGCUAAUCCAUGAAGAAUGUACAAGCCGUGCUCCAGAUAUCUUGGUCCGUCUCAGAUCACAUACUGUUUGGGAAGGCAUGUCUGUGAAGCUUUUCUUUACAGUCCAAGGAUAUCCGACACCUCUUGUACAGUGGUAUAAGAAUGAAAGUUUGAUUAGCCCAGCAAGUGAACCAGGAAAGUACAGAAUUGAAAGCAAAUAUGGAGUAAACAGCUUGGAAAUAUACAGAACUAAUAUUGAUGAUACCGGUACAUAUACGGCAGUUGCAAGAAAUGGUCAUGGACAGUCAUCUACCAACUCUGUUGUGAUUGUGAAAAGGUUCCGAUCCGAAGAUGAACCUCUGCACCCUGGUUAUAGGCCACACUUGCCUUUGACAGCAGCAAUUUCUUUUACCCACAUUGAUGUUAAGUUCCUGGAAACAUUUGGUGUAACAUUUGGAGUAGAAGGUGACACAGUUACUUUGUCUUGCUCUGUGCUUUUAACUCCUGACAUCAGCAGACUACGACCUCAAGCUGAGUGGUACAGAGACGAUGUCCUGGUAAAAGAAUCCAAAUGGCACCAGCUGCAUUUUGGAGAGGGCCGUGCUUCUCUGACAUUGACACAUUUGAAUAAGGAUGAUGAAGGAUUGUAUACUGUAAGAAUGGUCACCAGAGCAGGAGUCAAUCAGCACAGCGGAUUUCUCUUUGUGGCUGAUGCUGCGGCUUUGGUGGCAGGGGCACCAGGUGCUCCGAUGGAUGUGGAAUGCUAUGAUGCAAACAAGGAUUAUGUGAUUGUAACUUGGAAGCCACCAAACACAGCCAGUGAAGCAGCAGUAAUUGGAUACUUUGUGGAUAAAUGUGAAGUUGGCACUGAAAACUGGAUUCAGUGCAAUGAUUCUCCUGUUAAAAUCUGCAAAUACCCUGUAACUGGUCUGUUUGAAGGACGAUCUUACAUUUUCCGUGUCCGGGCAGUUAACAAAGCUGGCAUCAGCAGACCAUCAAGGGCCUCAAUUGCUGUUGCAGCUCUGGACCCUGCUGAUCUAUCAAGACUUCAAACAAUCCAUCUGGAUGGAGGGCGAGAGAUUGUCGUCUGUCAGGAUGACCUGGAAGGUGAUAUUAAAAUUCCUGGGCCACCCACCAAUGUCCAGGCACUGGAAACCAGUAAAACGUAUGUUGUGCUCAGCUGGGAUCCACCUGUUCCUCGUGGCAGAGAUCCUCUGGUUUAUUACAUUGAGAAGACAAUGGUUGGCAGUGGGAGCUGGCAGAGAGUGAACUCUCAGAUACCAGUACGAUCACCACGCUAUGCAAUAUUUGAUUUAGUGGAAGGCAAAUCAUACAAUUUCAGAGUUAUCGCUGUCAACAAACAUGGUGUCAGUGAGCCUUCAGAAGUAACCCCACCAAUACAAGCACAGGAACGUCUAGCUGUGCCAUCUGCUCCUGGUCGUAUAUUGGCAUCUAGAAACACUAGAACAUCAGUUGUUGUACAGUUUGAUAAAGCUAAGGUAGAGGAAGAAUUAAUUGGAUACUAUAUAGACUCAUCUGUGGUUGGCUCUAAUCAUUGGGAUCAUUGUAAUCACAAACCCAUCAAAUACAACAGAUUCGUAGUUCAUGGUCUAACAACUGGAGAACAGUAUCUUUUCCGUGUGAAGGCUGUAAAUGCUGUAGGUGUCAGUGAAAAUUCUCAAGAAUCUGAACCCAUAACCGUUAAAGCUGCUCUAAGAGGAGGUAUACCGCAUGCAACUCCUUCAAGUCCAUAUGGAAUUACCCUUCUGAACUGUGAUGGCAGGUCUAUGACCCUAGGAUGGAAGUUACCCAAAUUCACUGGAGGAGCCAAUAUCACUGGAUAUUAUAUUGAUAAGCGAGUGGCUAGUCAUCUGAAUUGGCAUGAAGUGAAUAGUAAGCAAGUUCAAGAAAGGCUCUAUAAGGUGGAGAACCUAGAGGAAGGAGAAUUCUAUGAAUUCAAAAUUACUGCAAGUAACCUUGCUGGUCUUGGUAUUCCUUCUGAUCCCAGCGAACAUUUCAUAUGUGAGGCUUGGACAUCUCCUGAGCCAGGACCAUCAUAUGACCUUACAUUCUGUGAGGUCAGGAAUACCUCCCUGGUGAUACUCUGGAAAGAACCUGUUUAUUCAGGAAAUAGCCCCGUUGUGGGAUAUUUUGUAGAAUAUAAAGAACUUGAAGGAGAGGAAUGGACAAGAGUGAAUACAACUGCAACAUCCAACCGUUACCUAAAGGUCAAGGAACUGGAAGAAGGCAAAACAUAUGUUUUCCAAAUUCGUGCUGUGAAUGCAUCAGGCAUUGGUAAACCAUCUGACAUUUCAGAGCCGGUACUUGUCCAGGCAAGACCAGGUGUUCAGGAGAUUACUACAGGAGUGGAUGAAGAAGGGAACAUUUACCUUGCUUACAACUGUACUGAGAUUUCUGAAGCUUCUCAGUUUACAUGGGGCAAAGCCUAUGAAGAAAUCACUGAUGAUCAAAAAUUCAAGACCGAAACUAUUGGAGAAAACUCCAAAAUAUACUUUAAGAACCCAGACAAGGAUGACUUGGGCACAUACUCAGUGGCAGUUAGUGAUACUGACGGCAUUUCAUCCAGCUAUGUGCUAGAUGCAGAUGAACUUGAACAUCUGAUGACUCUAAGCCAUGAAAUCAGGAAUCCAACUAUUCCUCUGAAGUCAGAACUGGCCUAUGAGAUUUUGGAUAAAGGCAAAGUACGCUUCUGGUUGGAAGCCCACAACUUAUCUGCAGAUGCAACCUUUAGGUUUGUUGUGAACGAUUUGGAGAUUAAAGAUAGUGAGAACCAUCGUAUAAAGUUAGAUAGAUCUACUGGCAUUAUUGAGAUGGUAAUGGACAGAUUUACAGUAGAAAAUGAGGGUACCUAUACAGUACAACUCCAGGAUGGCAAAGCCAAGAACCAGUCUUCAUUAGUUCUCAUUGGAGAUGCAUUCAAGGCACUACUGGCUGAAGCUGAAUUUCAGAGAAAGGAAUAUAUCAGGAAACAAGGUCCUCAUUUUCUGGAAUAUUUGUAUUGGGAGGUCACAGAGGAAUGUGAAGUAUUGCUUGUUUGCAAGGUAGCAAACACAAAGAAGGAAACAGUAUUUAAGUGGUAUAAAGAAGAGAUACCAACUGAAGCCCUGGAUGCUCCAAAUUUGCAGCAAGGAGUUUGCAUAUUCCGUAUUCCUAGGCUGACUAAAAAAGAUCAAGGUGAAUAUAAGGCUACAUUGAAAGAUGAUAGAGGCCAAGAUAUAUCUAUUCUUGAACUCUCUGGAAAAGUUUAUGAAGAUAUUGUCCUGGGAAUGAGCAAAGUCAGCGGAUCAUCUGCUUCCGAGCUUAAGAUCCAGUGUACACCGGAAGGAAUACGAUUCCAUUGUUACAUGAAGUACUUCUCUGAAGAAAUGAAAGUGUCCUGGUACCAGAGAGAGUCAAAGAUUUCUUCGAGCGAGAAGAUGAGAAUCGGUGGCACGGAUGAGUAUGCCUGGUUGCAGAUAUGUGAACCCACAGAAAAGGACAAAGGAAAAUAUACAUUUGAGAUAUUUGAUGCCAAAAGUUCCCAUAAGAGAAUUAUUGAUUUAUCAGGACAAGCAUUUGAUGAAGCCUAUGCUGAAUUCCAGAGACUCAAGGCCGCAGCGUUUGCUGAAAAGAAUCGUGGUAAAGUGAUUGGUGGAUUGCCUGAUGUGGUAACUAUAAUGGAAGGCAAGACAUUAAGUCUGACCUGCACAGUUUUUGGAAACCCGGAUCCUGUAGUAACAUGGCUAAAGAAUGAUAGGGAUCUAGAGAUAACUGAUCAUUUUUCUGCUACACUGGAACAAGGCAAGUUUUCAAAUCUCACAAUUAAGAAUGUUUCUUCUGAGGACUCUGGAAAAUAUGGCAUCAAUGUUAAGAACAAGUAUGGUGGUGAAACAGUCGAUAUCACUGUAAGUGUAUACAAACAUGGUGAAGAAAUACCUGAAGUAAAAGCUGGCCAGCUUCCUAAACAUGCACAUUCACCUGCGCCAGCACCUGCCCCUGCACCAGCACCUGCACCCGCACCUGAAAAAGCAAAACCUGCUCCCAAACCAGGGAGGUCAGGAAGAAAGUAAAGCUGUAGCAAUGUAGCAAUCUAUAAUUGACACAUUUAUGACAAAGUAGCGUAAAGUAAAUGUGGACGUGUUAACUAUGUAGAGAUUUACUACUAGACUGAAGAAUCUAGUGAUGGUUUCAUCUCCACUUCCUCUUUACCCUAUUUUCCAUAAAUAAGCCCCAAUAUGGAUUAAGACGAUAUCAGCCUGAUUGAUAAGUGCUAGCCUUGCUUAGUAUGUGAAUCGUAACUUUUAUGAUUGUGUGACUUUAGAACAAUGAAAGACCAUAUUAGUAUGUGUUAGUACCGAUAUGUAUGAAGUCAUUACAUAUAUGCCUCUUCCAAUCCCUAUAGCCAACAAUAAUUGACAAAAUAAACCUCAACUUACUUUCUGAAAUAUAUUAUACUAUCACCAUAUAUAGCAGUUCUGAUUAUUAAGAAGAGUAAUAGAUUAAUUUUCUUCCAACCCGUGUUAAUGGUUUGUUAGACUCUUGAUACAUUUGGAUGUUAAAUUACACGGCCUCCAUUUCUAAUACCAAACUGCUAUGGAUUUGAUUUAUGAAGUCAUAACACAAUGACUUUUUAGCUCUGAUAGUACUUUCUGUCGAAUAAACAUAGCUGGCAGGAAAUAAAUCCUGACCCUCUGGAGGUAGUUUAAAAAGUUUUGCACUUUAGUGAUAUCAACAAUGCAGCUGAAGAAAAACAAGCAUCAACCUAAUUGCGAGGCUGUCUGUGCGAAAUUUUAUAAUCUUCCUCAGCCACCCAAUGUGUAUGUGGAUUUAAUUCAAAGGCUUAAUUUAUUCUUAUCUGGUCUUAGUUUAAUAUAAAGCAAUGAAAAGCAGCACACAGCUUCCAUGGAUUUUAGGAGAACCAAGCAUUGCCCAUAGCUAAGAUUACCAGAUGUGCUAUUGUCAUAUCAACAAGUGCAAAUAUCAGAUUAUGUGUAUGGAUGCAUCAUUGGAAAUGACACGAUUCCCUGUAAUGCUGGUAUCAUUUGGUCAUAUUGGAAUCACCUAAUGUUUUUUCCCCCUGCUUUGUGCUAAUAAACUUAAAAAAUACA